AUGACAGCGCUCACGUAUCUUUCGUUAAGAUGUGUUUUGGAAUACUUGGAGGCUAACAGAAGACUCCAAAUAACUGCCCGAAGCCGUGUACUUUCUAGAAUUGACAAAUCAGUGCCUUUCCACAUCUCACUUCUUCGAUUCACUGAUGAUGAGGUUACAGUUAACGAUAUUACCUAUUCGUUCGGAGAACGAUAUUUGUUUGUUCCUGAAACUCCAGAAAAUAUGCGAAAGAAAAUCAAAAGAUUAAUGGACGGUGGAGAUAUUUUGUUAGAAGAUGACGAUAUUCUUAGGAGAGUUAUUCACAUAACCUAUUCAACUGGUAAUUUACGAUUCAAUGGGAGAGACCUGUCAGACGGUGUGAAGAAAGGAGUGGAAAUCAGACAGUUUGCAUGUCAUGCUUUAGAAGGACGAAAGACAAUAAAAAUGACAUAUUUGAGAAUCGACAACACGUUUGAAAAAGAGCUCCGUGUUCCAGAAAAUCUGAAGCUCUAUGUCCAAAAAGUUAGAUCCUAUGGAACUAACAUGAUUAAUUUGGUCAAUAUUCUCGAUCCACAGUGUCUCCCAUUGGAGUCUUUCGAAACAUCGGUUUGGUUUCCAUCUUAUUACCGGGAAAACCAGAUCGUUGCAAAUGCAAAAACUUUGAUACUGCAUGGCGAUGGUUUUGCCUCACAGAUAAUCGACUGGCAUCCGACUCUGCUUACAGUCUCAAAUCAACACGUUGAAACGAAAGAUAUACGUUUGAGAGGAGCACAAAUUCGUGAGAUUGUCCAGAAAUUUAUGAACAAUCCUGACUUCAAACCAAUUGGAAGCUCGUAUUCAGUGCAAUAUUUAUAUGAUUUAUCCAUCGAAAAGUUGUUAAGGAAAACGAAGAAUCGAUUCAAUGGAGUAUUUGUGACAUUAAAGGAGAUUCCGAAAUGUCCACCGACCUCACAAGUUGUAUGUGUUCCGUUAAAUUCGGAUAAGGAUCUCAUUAUGUAUAGAUACGCGGGGAGAGAAGUAAAUAUCCACUGGAUCAAGCUGGAAUUAAUAGAAACUGGAUCGUGCAUUCCAAAUGUCGAGGAUACAAGUCUUUUUAGAAUUCCAUGGCAUUAUUUAUUGUAA